GCCAAAUCGUGCGACUUCUGGAGACAUCCAGACCCCUCACCGGAAACUUCCCCUGCCCCCUUCCCCCCUCGAUAAAUCCCACUCCUCUUCUUCCUCCUCCAGAUACACGCACUAAACACCUAGUGGCACUGUCCUUUUUUCUCUUGAUUCUUCCAAUUAUCCUGUUCUGGUAGUAGUAAAUUUCACUCCGAUUUUUGUUUUCCUCUCCGGAAAAAGGUUGAGAAGAAGAACAGAAAUAUGCCUGAAGGUUUCAAUUCAGUUCUGAAGAUGAAGAGAAAGGACCUUGACCAAGUUAACGAGGACUUCUCCGAUUUCUCCCUUACUUCUCCCGCUCGUAAAAUUCGCCGUCUGGAUGCUGAAUUAGCUCCGAUAACAGAAGAAGAGCCUGAGAUUCCUUUAGUUUUUGAGCGGCCGGAGAAUGAAGGGAGCUUUGGCGGAGGGAAUGGCAGAGUUGGAGGAGGAGGGGUUGUGAUUGAAGAAUUGCCGAAUGGGGUGGAGAAUGAGGAGAGGGCAAUUGUGGUUUUUAAUCCGGUUAACUCACCCCUGUUGCAAUCGCCCUCGAAUUACUCGAUUUCAGUCAGUCCUCAGUUGAUUUCUGGGUUGAAAAAUCAACUCCCGUGGUCCAAUUACUCUAGUCAAUGGAGAGCAUUAGAUAGUGAAGAAAGAACUGAUGAUAACAAGUCUAGUCCACAAAAUGAGUGUCUAGCGGUUGUUCCUUGGGUGCCACCACCUCAGCCUUACUCAUCCAGUGGAGAUGAAGCUGUUCCCCAAAUAGAUGUUUCUGAUAUGAUGGAAGCUGAUGACGUGGAGGUAUCAACUAUGGAUGUUGAAGAUAAUACUGUUUGUUCCGAGCAGAAAGUGGGGAUGAAUGUGAAUGAGGGUUUACAACAAUGGCAGCAACAACAUUGCAUGAUUCCACAGCCUCCCCAAAACAUAUCAACUCCCAUUGUAUGGUUCCAAUGAUGUAAUGGAGCUAGGCUGGGGUCUUGGAACUAUGGCAGUUCGUAAUUUUUUGUUGAUGCCUUGUUCCCUUUUAGGAUGCCUCAGCAGGCAUUAGGACUUAGAUAUAAAAGUUCGGUGCUUUCUAUUUUCCUUCGAGAAGACUUGUGAUCCAGUGCUUCUGGCAGUGGCCUCUUCCAAAUGUCAGAUUAUUAUUGUGGGCGUGGAUAGUCCUUUGGUACUUUGCACCGAAAUGGUGAUCUCGUAUGCAUGGAUUUUGAAAAGAAAUUGAAAUCCUUCCUUAAGAGUAGCACAGUUAGCUUAUAGCUGCAGCAGUUGUUUACCCCAAUUCUGGCUUCCCUUUCGACUAGAGCAGUUAGAUAAGGUGCAUGGACGCAGUUGUUUUCCUUCCUAAUUCUGGUUUUGUACGCUAUUCUGUUCUGCUGUAACUGGAUUAUGAAGCCAGUUACAGUCUCCAAGGCAUCUGAUACUGAAUCAUGUAAUAUGCUCUAUGGGUCCAAGGAAAAGCAGACAUUUUCUGAUGUUAAAAGAUCCAGAUCUGUUUAUGUAUAUUGGCAGCUGUAUGAUAUCAAUUCUUUGCACUGGGUCUAAAGUUU